AAGGCUCAUUCCGACUAUCCCAUCACACGACGUCAGUUGGACCUUUAAAAGCUAUGUACGUAUAACGGAAAUCCUGACACUAUCUAAUUAUUCUCCGGAUGUCAAUCAGCCGGAAAUUCCCAACUCGCCACGCCCAUACACUCAAAACUCACAGUGGCCCCGUCAACACGGUGAUAUUCUCGAGUUAUCCAGGAACAUAUGUCCUGACCGGCUCAACCGACCGAGCUAUACACCUGUCUCGAGCUCUUCCUAGCUCCGAUACCCACUCACUCGUCGAAACCACGCGACCCAUUCAGAAGUACGAGGCGCAUGGUUACUCGGUACUUGAUAUCGCCGUCAGUUCGGAUAAUGCGCGCUUCUCCAGUGUAGGAGGAGAUCGACAAGUCUUUCUUUGGGAUGUUGAGCAAGGGUCUACUGUGAGGAGAUGGACGGGCCAUUCGAGCCGUGUUGAAGCCGUGCAAUUUGCGGGCGAAGGAGAUUCGAUUGUCGUCUCAGGUAGCGCAGAUACUACGAUCAAUUUAUGGGACGCGAAAUCCAACGCGUAUAAGCCCAUUCAAACCUUGACUGAGGCUUCCGAUACCGUGUCUUCAUUGCACGUUCAUAUGCCCACCUACUCAAUCGCUAGCGGAAGUUACGAUGGACGAGUCCGAAUCUACGAUCUGCGUAUGGGACGUACCACGGUAGACGUUAUCGCACACCCUGUCACGAGCGUAAGAUGUUCCGCCGACGGUAAUGCCGUGCUCGUUUCCAGCUUGGACGGCAAGAUCCGGAUGCUGGAUCGUACAGAUGGUAAACUACUCAAGGCCUACGGUGGUGAAUCACAAGUCGGCAAGUUUGGAGAAAAAUACAUGAAUAAAUCGCUCCGAAUCCGCUCUGUGUUCGCCAAGGGAGAUGCCGUUGUCUUGAGCGGAAGUGAAACUGCAGAUAUGGAGAGCAAGGAAAACACGAGUCAAGCGUUUGUGUUUGCGUGGAAUGUUCUUACUGGCGACAUUAUUGCGACUAUACCAGCUGGGGAAGGCGUCAAGGUGAUCAGUUGCGUCGCAUGGAAUGAAAAGGGCCAGUGUUGGGCCGGUGCCUGUGCUGAUGGCACGGUGAAAAUCUACAGCUGAUGCGUAUAAUCGAAUUUUGAGAGAUUACCCAAUAUUGUCAACAAUAGCCAGCGGAUAUAUCACCGUCCAGCCAAGCGUAAU